AUGGCGAGAAAAUACCAAGGGCAUGCUAUUGGAAUAGACCUUGGCACAACUUACUCGUGUGUUGCAGUAUGGCAGGAACAACACUGUCGAGUUGAGAUCAUUCACAAUGAUCAAGGAAACAGAACUACACCAUCUUUUAUUGCAUUCACCAAAGAUCAAAGGUUGAUAUUGAUAGGCGAGGCUGCCAAGAAUCAAGCUGCUGCUAACCCUCAAAACACUGUCUUUGAUGCUAAGAGGUUAAUCGGUAGAAGUUUUAGUGAUCCAGUUGUUCAAGAUGACAUUCUGUUAUGGCCAUUCAAAGUUACCGGUGUUAAUGACAAACCUAUGAUUUCUGUUAAGUACAAGGGUCUGGAGAAGCACUUAUGUGCCGAGGAAGUAUCAUCGAUGGUGCUCUCAAAGAUGCGACAAAUUGCUGAGGCAUAUUUAGAAUCACCAGUUAAGAAUGCAGUUAUUACUGUCCCAGCUUAUUUUAAUGAUUCUCAGCGAAAAGCAACUAUAGAUGCCGGUGCUAUUGCUGGCCUCAAUGUCAUGAGAGUAAUGAAUGAACCUACUGCUGCAGCUAUUGCAUAUGGCCUUGACAAAAGAACUGACUGUGUUGAAGAACGUAAGAUGUUUGUCUUUGAUCUUGGUGGUGGCACAUUUGAUGUGUCUCUACUAACUAUCAACAAUAAUGUCUAUCAAGUUAAAGCAACUUCUGGAAACACUCACCUCGGAGGAGAAGACUUUGAUAACAGAAUGGUUAGCUACUUAGUACAAGAGUUUAAUAGAAAGAACAAAGUGGAUAUUAGUGGAAAUCCCAAAGCCUUGAGGAGAUUGAGAACGGCUUGUGAGAGGGCAAAAAGAUCACUUUCUUUCCUUGUUGUUACAACUAUUGAGAUAGAUUCUUUAUUUGAAGGCAUUGAUUUUUCUUCAUCGAUCAAUAGGGCAAAAUUUGAGGAGAUGAAUAUGGAUCUAUUCGAUGAGUGUAUGAAGAUUGUUGAAAGUUGUCUUCGUGGUGCUAAAUUGGAUAAGGGCACGGUAGAUGAUGUUGUUCUUGUUGGUGGAUCUUCUAGGAUUCCCAAAGUACAACAGCUAUUACAAGACUUUUUUAACGGAAAGGAGUUGUGCAUGAGCAUUAAUCCUGAUGAGGCUGUAGCUUAUGGUGCUGCUGUUCAGGCUGCAUUGCUGAGUGAAGGCGUUAAGAGUGUUCCAAAGUUGGUGUUGCAGGAUGUUACACCUUUGUCUCUUGGCAGGUCAAUACUAGGAGAUGUCAUGGAUGUGGUGAUUCCAAGGAACACUUGCAUUCCUGUCAAGAAGACUGGAUCAUAUUAUUCAACUGCAGAUAACCAAACCAGUGACUUGAUUAAGGUUUAUGAGGGUGAGAGAACAAGAGCCAGUGACAACAAUUUGCUUGGUUCUUUUACUCUUUACGACAUUCCCCUUGCUCCUCGUGGCACCCUUCAAUCAAAUGUUUGUUUUGCUAUUGAUGAAAAUGGAAUUUUGACUGUUUCAGCUAAUAAUAAUGUUUCUGGAGUUUCGAGAAUGAUCACAAUAACCAAUCACAGAGAUAGAUUGUCAAGUGAGGAAAUUAAUAAAUUGAUUCAAGAAGCUGAGAGUUACCAUAUUGAAGACAAGAAAUUCCUAAGAAAGGCCAAAGCGAUGAAUGCAUUGGAUGACUACAUUUACAAAAUGAGAAAUGCUUUACAGAAACAGGAUAUUAAUCUAAAGCUCUCCUCUCAAGAAGUUGAGAUUAUCAAAUCUACAAUUGCUGUGAUUACAAAUUUGAUUGAUGAGAAUAAGCAAGAGGUAGAAAUAGAUGUUUUGGAGGACCAUCUAAAGGGACUUAAGAGUACCAUGGAAGACAUUUUAGCCAAGACUAUUUAA